AUGCCCGAGUUCCUCGGGAUCGAAUGGGUCGACAUUUUUUCGUCCUGGGAAAGAAAACGUGGAUAUUUGGCCGUGAUCUAUCAUUUUGGCGUGGUUUUUGUCCUUAGUCUUUUCGGUUUCCUGAUCCCACUAUAUUUGGUUUGUAGAUCAUUUUUUUUCAUUUGAACAAAAACAUAAAACAUUUCAGUUCUUCACGUUCCAAUGGCCUUUAUUGGCCUUAUAUGCAGCUUGGUACUAUUACGAUAGGAAAAGCCCGCAAAAAGGAGGAUAUGAUUGCAGUUUUCUGAAGGAGUGAGUUUUCAAAACUCAAAUAGUUGGACGAUUUUUUUUAGGAAAAUACCUUUGAAUCACAAAAAAUCUUUAAAAAUUUAGAAUAAGGUAAAUUGGUAUUUUCACAGAUAUAAGAGAUCUCGAGAUUUUUUUUUCAGAAUCAUGUAAUUUUUUGAGUUCAGGAAAACAUAAAUAAUCGUUUCACACUUCAAAGUUUUUGCAAACUUCAGUUAUCCCCUUAUAAAUAUUCAAAAACAAUAGUUUUUGGUCGCAAGAGUUUCGCAGCGAAAGUUUUUUCAGUAACUAAGGGUACUGUAGCUUGCUAUCCCUGCACUUUUCUUCCGUUUUAGAAUUAUUUUAGCAUAUUCAUACAGGUUUUCAAGUAUAUUUUUAAAGUGUUUUGAAGAAUAUGUUCCUGCAAAUCAUGAAAAUUUCUUAAAUUACCCCAAAUUUAUAGAUAAACUCACCUUUUCCCUGAUAAAACGAAGAAAAAAGACAAUUUAGGAGGAAUACCUUCGAACUUCUAUUUUUGAAAAAUGUUUCAUUAUCACGGUAACAUUUAUAACUAGUUCAGUUUAUCAAAUUCGCAAGAGAAUCAGAGUUCACAUUAUAAAAAUCCAUAAACAAGGAGUUUUCAGCCCGUGGAAGUUUUGCAGCGAAAAUUUUUCCUAUCACGGAGGAUACUGUACCCAACUUUUAGCACUUGUUUUUCUAUUUUCGAGUUUUAUUAACAAUUUGGAACGGAGAAUUGGAUUUUUUUGGAACUGAUAGGAUACAAAAAUAUAUCAAAAUAAUGAGAAAUACAUAAAUUUUCUUCUAGGUAAGGAUGGACCUAUUUAUUUCCAUUUCAGUUGGCAAAAAGGCAGAUUUCAGGUAAUUAACAUGCAGUUUUUUCGAAUAUCAUGAAUUUUCUAGUAUUGGCACAAAAAGGACUAUCUAUUCUAACCGUAAAUUUUUUCGAAGUUUAUAAAACGAACUUAUUUAAAUUCAAAAACGGCGGUGCUCUGGUAUUCUGGAGUCUCGUACCGAAAAUUUGGCCGCCAUCUAGGUUUACUGUAGCUUGCCUUUGUCACUCUUCUCUUAGUUUUCGAGUUAUUAUAAAAAUUUGAAACGGUAUUUUAAGUAUUUCUAUGAUUAUUCUUGUAGGCUACACUAUUGUUAUCCUUAAAAUUUUAGGAAUUUUUCUUUAUAUAAGUAAAUGCCCCUUACAUUUUCAUACAAAAAAAGAAAGAGGCAGAAGUUAAGGGUUAUAUUCGGACAUUUUAGAGCUAUUUUUAAAGUUUCAAAUUCAGAAUAAGAACUCCGAGCAUCUCAACUUUCAAAAUCUGGAAAAAUGCCUAAUUCCAUCUUAUAAUAAUCCAAUAACCCUGAAAUCCUAGCCCGCGCGUCUCGCAGCGAAAAUUUCCCUUUCUACAGGAGUUCCUGUAGCCAACCUUUGUCACUCAUGUUUUCUCAUUUUCGAGUUUUUUUAACCAUUCAAAAAAAUAUUUUUUUGAAUUUUUUUAUGAAGUACUAGUGAAAGAAAAAUAAUUCAGAAUGAAGAUAAUUUCUGAAAUGUUGAUAUACCCGAAGCCAAAGCUCAUAAUUUUUCAAUAAGGUUAGCGAAAAGGCAGAUUUCACAAAGUCAAUGGGCAAAUUUUCUGAACUCUCUGAAUUUUCUGAGUUCGCAAAGACCUGAGCUACCGAUUCAACCUAUAAUUUUCCCAAAAAUUCAUGAGAUUAUCUUAAUAUAAUCCAUAAACGAUAGCGAUUCGGCUUUGGCGAGUUUUGCAGCGAAAAAGCUGUUUUCCUCUAGGUGUACUGUAGCCCGUCUUGGCUUCCACUUUCCUGUUUUCGAGUUAUUUUAACUAUCUCAAAAAAUUUUGCUAUUUUUUCAGAGUAAUAGUGCAGAGAAGGCUUUCAGACGCAUGAUGAAUUUAGAAAUUUCGUUGUAUCCAAUUCAAAUCUCAAUUUUUUACAAUGAGAUUAACAAAAACGCAGAUUGCGAGAAGCUAAUCUGUGAAUUUUUUUUAUUUGCCAAAUUUCUUGGUGUUAUGGAAAAAAAAUCUACUCAUUAAAUUUGUCAAAUUUUCAAAUAUAGGAAAAAUGAUCUUAUAAAAAUCUGAAAAAGACGUGCUCUGGUUUUGUGGAGUCUCGCAGCGAAAAGGUUGCUAUCUUCUAGGUGUACUGUAGUUGGCUUUUGACACUUUUAAGACGUUUUUCAUGGUUUUUGAGUUUUAUUAAAUCGAAGGAGUAAAAUUUAGCUUUUUUUCCGGUUUUCAACUUAGGGAGACUCAAAUUAGGGAACACAAUUCGCAUUUUUACUAAGCCUCCACUGAAGUAUUUUGAAGGAAAAUAAUACUUUCUGAUAAUGAUAAUUAAUAUGAAAAUAACGAUAAUUAACCUUUUUCAGUUUGACGAUAAAUAAAUGGUUCGUCGACUAUUUCCCAAUCAGACUUCACAAAACAGAAGAUUUUCCGCCCGACAAGGUUAUUACUUUUUUGAUUUCAUUAAUUUUCGUUUCAGACUUCUCAACUAUUUUUGAUUAUCUUUAGAGAAUUUUCUAUUCAUUCACAUUUCAAAAAUGUUUUUUGAUUUCAAGAACUAUUUAUUGUGCCUUCACCCUCAUGGAAUCAUUUCUAUUGCUGCAUGGGCCAACUUUUCUUCAACUGCAACUGGAUCAAGGAAAUUGGUUGUUUUGGAUUUUUUUGAAAUGAUAGUGGUUGGUUUUCAGUUUCCUGGAAUUAAAUUCAACAUCUGUACUUUGAAAAUGAACUUUCAUUUCCUGCAAGCGUUGAGGCUAGUUCAUCUGGGAAAGUUGAUAAUUUUUCUUCAUUUAUGGCUUUUUCUAAAAAAACGCCAGAGUGGUCUCUAUAGCGUUGAAAAUUAAGAUUAUCGGUAUGGGGUUUAGGGUCUGACCUCAAGGCCCCUAAAGUGGUUCCUGUGAGGGUUUCUAAUUUUUUUUUUUGUCAAUAUGAUAGUGGUCAAUAUGAUUCCGUGUAAAAUCUUCACUCGAAGUGGUCGCUCUCAUUCUGAGGCUUCUACCUAGAGCACGGUCUCCGGGCUCCAGCUCAACAUCCACUAUAUUCUGAGCUCGUCAAGGCGCAACUGGAUGGACUACGCGCAGAAAGAGGGGGCGAAGGACCGUAAGACCAUGCUUUCAACUCUUUCGACUACACGUUUGGACUUCUAGCUCGCCAAAGGCGGUUGUUCGUUAUAGCUUUUAAAGUUCUUGUUCACCGCCUAGUCGAUUACAUCAGACUAAAACAACAAAAUAAAUGAUUCGAUUAAAUGAUUCGAAUAUACAAAAUUAAAAAAGACGGAAUUGAUAAAAAAAUUGCUUGAUCAAUCCUCUGUUGAUAGCUCAAAACUCAAAAAGUCUGAUAUGUUCUCCAGUUUUUUUGUACUUCAGAUUACUUACAGAAGAGAAAUCUUAUUGGCGAUGGGAUUUAUUGACUGCUCAAAAGAAAGUAUUGAGUACGUUCUGGAUGGUUGUGGAGAGAAAGGUCGUGCAGUAAUUUUGGUUCCUGGUUUGUGCUUUUGUUUUCAAGCUUUUACUCAACUUUUUUCCUAUUUUUCCUAAAUGUUUCUAUAUUUCUCUAUUCAUGACAGUUCCUCAAAUUUUGAGGUGGAGCCGAAGAAGCUCUUCAAGCUCACCCCGGCAAGCAUGAACUCACAUUGAAAAAGCGAAAAGGCUUCGCUCGAGAAGCCCUUAUCACUGGAGCGCACUUGGUCCCCGUUUAUUCAUUCGGCGAGAAUGAUGUCUUCAGGCAGGUGAGGUAAAAGAUACCUUGUUUCUGCAGGGAACAUUUUUCCUAAAAACAGGGUUACUGUAGCCUAAUUUAUUUUUAUUUUUUUGAGUAGUUUUUCAAUUUUUUCUUCUGAUGAAACAAUUUAGGUGCCAAAUCCAGCCGGCUCAAAAACUUCGCCAAUUUCAAGCCCUCACAAAAAAAUUACUCGGUGUUUCGUUUCCAAUUUUCCACGGCAGGGGAUUUCUUCAGGUUGGACUUUCUUGAGAAAAUAGCUCAAGGCGUCGCGGUCGCGCUUGGCGUAUAAAUCUGCGCCCGACUUUUAGCCAAUUUAUUCUUUUAUAUGCUUUAAGAUACAGCCGCGACGCGUUGGGCCAUUCUUUGCAACCAAAAAGUUCAUUCUGAAACUUUCAGAUGAGGACUGGUUGGCUGCCUAUGAGAAGACCGAUAAAUACAGUCGUUGGAGCCCCGAUUCCAGUCGAAAAAGUGGACAACCCAAGUCAGGAACAAAUUGAUAACCUUCAUAAAACUUAUAUGGAGGCUUUGAAUGAAUUGUUUGAGAGUAGGAAAAGUGAAUUUGGCGUUUCUGAUGACACCAAGUUGGUUCUAACUUGAUCUUUUUGUAAACUUUGUCGCAGUUGUAAAAAUUGUAAGAGAAAAAAGUGUUAGUCAAAUCUUGUAUGAUUUCGUGCUUUACUUUGAGAUUUUCCCACGUCCUGGUCUUUCAUUCUCCAUGUUUCAAUAAAUUUGUUAUUUUUCGGAGUUGAAAAUUCAGAAAAUAUGUACCUGAAGUAUACCUCAUUAGCUUGAAGUUUUUUUUUUGCGAAAUUUCGGAUAAUGGUUCAGCUUGCGAAAAAACAUCUGAAGGGAAAAAUAAAACUGAUAAUGAUCUUUAUCAAGUCUAAAACUGACGUGAAGACUAGACAAGUGUGGAGUUAUUCCUUACGACCUUGGUCAUUACCUCGGCCUUUGCCACUGUCAUCAUGAUCUCUACAUCCUACCGAGCAAUGGGACGAACUCUUUUCUGCGCCUAUCGGCAGGUACAGUUUCCAAAGUUUCACUGAAACUAACUCUUUGAAGAUUCCUCAAAAACUAAGUUUCAUUUUUAAAGUAAAUUGGAGAAAGAACUUUGAAAAUUCUACCAAAACUACGGAUUUAGUUCUAUUUUGGUACGCCGUGGCAUCGCUCAAGUAUUUUUUGGCGCAAGUAGCUUUGAGUCGGACGCGGUUUUUACCACGGCUCGCAUACUGAUUUUCGGAAAUCUUACUCAAAAUGCAUCCUUUGCCAACUUUUCCUUUUGAAACUAGAACAAACUAGACAUAGUCUAUUCGUCACAACUCUGAGAAGUCUGACCUCUCUGCGUCUCUUUUCUCUCGCCACUGAGGUCAGAGACACUUGGAAAAAGCACGUAAAAGGAGAGGGACAAGAGUGCGCAGAGAAAUUUUUCCAACUAGUGAAUGGGUUACUUUUUUGAGGUAAAUAUAAAGCGCAUUCACUAAAGCUUGCUCUAAAUCUUUUCUCAUCAUGAACCUCCCAAAAAUACAGAACCAAGCCUGCGGCAACUUUGUCCGCUACCUGGCCUCGAUCCCAAAAACUCAACGGGCUCUCUACUUUGAAAAGUACAACGGUCCGCUGGAAGUGAAGAAAGUUCCGGUUCCGAAGCCGGCCGACGACGAACUUCUCGUCAGGAUCAAGUAUUCCGGGAUUUGCCACACGGACCUGCACGUCUGGCUCGGCGACAUGGCCGCCUUCACCAAGGAGAAGCUCGUCGGAGGUCAUGAGGGAGCCGGGGAAGUCGUCCAGGUCGGAUCCAAGGUCCAAGGAUGGAAGAAAGGCGAUCUGGCGGGAGUCAAGGUUUGAAUUUCUGUUGAGAAAAGGAGAACUUUAGUUCAUUUUCACUGCAAAUUUCGCCAGUCAAGUUUAAUUAUUCCAGUUGUUCAACUUCAACUGCCUCACCUGCGAGUUCUGCAAGAGCGGCGUCGAGCCUUGCUGCCCCGAUCUGCAGAGCUACGGCUUCACCCGCGACGGCACCUUCCAAGAAUAUGUCGUCGUCCGGGGCGUCGACGCCGCCAGAAUCGCUCCGAGUACCGACAUGGCUCAAGCAGCGCCGAUCCUUUGCGGAGUUGGGCUUGAUUUUCUGACCAUUCUAGAGGAUUUUUUUUAGGGUGUGACAGUCUACAAGGCCUUGAAGGAGGCCAGGAUCCAGGCUGGACAGAUUGUCGCUCUGACUGGAGCUGGAGGAGGUCUCGGCUCUCUGGCUAUUCAAUAUGCCAAGGCCAUGGGCUUCCGAGUUCUGGCUCUGGAUCAUGCCGACAAGAAGGAUCAUUGUCUGAAACUUGGAGCCGAGUGGUUUGUCGAUGGCUUCCAGGAUGGCAAGAAGAUCAUCAACAAGGUCAAGGAGGUGAGACUUUUUGAUUUUUGGACAUGCAAAAGCUCAAAAACCUCACAAGGGUGGUGAAUUAACUCAAAAGUGGCUAGUUUCUUUUUGAGCUUUUCAAACCGAUUUCAGCUCAAUUUGAGCAUAUUUCGAUGAAAUUUUCAAUUUUUAAAGAUAACCAAAGGCGGACCUCAUGCCGUUGUAAGUCUUGCUGUGGCCAAAUCGCCGAUGGAACAGGCCUUGGAAUAUAUCCGCAAAAAUGGAACCGUUGUUUACGUUGGGCUACCUAAGGACUCCAAGGUGUGUUUUGGGCUGUUUUAAUGAGAGAAAACUUGAAGUUUCACAGGUAACUUUCGACACCUCGCCAUUCAUCUUCAAUGCGAAUAAGAUUGUCGGUAGCAUUGUUGGAAAUCGGCUUGAUGUCGAUGAAGCUCUGGAGUUUGUCACCAGAGGCGUUGUCAAGGUGAACAACUAAAAAUCAGCUCUUUUACCAAGAGAAGGUUGCGUUUGGAAUGGCUGGUCGCGUCGCGGUUGCGUUGCGGUUGGAGGAAAAAAAAUCUCAAAAAGUAGAGAAGAAAAAACUGACAACCGCUUCGCAACGAAGCCAUUCCACGUGCGACCAUAAAUUAAGAUUAUUUUCUUUCCAUUGAAGUAUUCGAACGGAAAACCAGCCAAGUUUUCUCAUUUUAACACACUUUUCCCUCUUCAGGUACCCCUCGAACUAAUCAAAUUGGAAGAUACCGAACGAAUCUAUCGCCAAAUGCUCGACGGAACCAUCAAAAGUCGGGCCGUCAUUGACUUUUCACUAUGA